UUCACUCUGUUUUGGAAUCUUGCGCUGUUCGGAACGUUUUGCCCACCCGUUUGCUCGGCGCUGCUGAUAAAGAAACAUUCCGAAGUUUCGUCUUUCGUAGCUGUGUGUUUCAAGUGUGUGGUGUGACCUGCAACAACAACAACGGAGCUUGCAACAAGAGCGUUUGCCACUAAUUAAAUGCCGAAGUGUGUGUCUGUCAAUUGAAUCUGUACGUUACGACUUUUGAUUGAAUUAAAAUACAAAUUACAAAAAAGUGAACAAAAGCAAACAACAACAAAAAAGCAGCAACAAGCAGCAACACCAUUUCCAAUUAACGGUAAUUAAGCCGGUGUAGCUCUUGAUAAUUUUCCACAUUUUCCUCCCUCGUGCGGGUGCCCAAAAGAUUGUAUAUUUUAAAACACUCUUUAAUUUCGGGGAUAAUUAAAACCGAGAGUGGAGUGUGGAGUGUGCUACGUCGUGUGUGUGCCCUGCCUCCUACAACACCCUUUUGUGCCGAAAGGGAACAAUUUUCAUUAAACCGGCGCUAAAAGGAUUACCCACCCGUUCAUCUUCAUCAGGAGGAAGCCUCCGAAAACCCUAGCACCCGAAAAACGUUCUUGCUGUCACUUCAGCUUCACCGGAAAUCAUAACCGCAAAAACAAAUCUUGAAAUUAUGAUGCCGCAUGGUCGUGCCCCAGAGACACGUCGCCGUUUGGGCUCGGUGAGCGACUCGGCCCCACCAUCAGAGUCCAGCGAUGGCACAGGCUUCUCAUCGGCCUCAUCGGAGCAGCGGGAUGAGCUGAUACUCCACGCGGACUGGUCGGGCGCCCAUUCACACUCGUCAGCACAGCGGAGCAGCGCCCAUGGCACCACAUCGCUGUACAAUGCAUCGGACAUUGACGCGGACACCAUCAGCACGGACACCACAAGCAACACAAACCUCUCCGACUACGAGCGCGGGCAGGUGGAGAGCUUCUUCGGGGGACUGGGCACAGAGAUCUUUGUCAGUGGAGCACUGGCCAAUCUGUACGAGGGAACUGGCAACGAUGGCGACUGGCGUCUGGUGUUCACGGGCAUACCCGUAAUCCUCCACGACAAGGGCAACUCCCGGGCUAGGUCCAUGCCACGAGUGACCCUUGUGCUGGCUGAGCGUGGCUCGUGCUUUGCCCUUUGGUCGGAUCGCAUUGACAACUUGUCCAACUAUCGCAUUGCGGGUCCGUCCUUUCACACCAUGUGCCUGUCGAGCAAUCACCAGCAGAUGAUUGGCUUCAGCUUUGACUCCACAGACGCGGCACGCGAACUGUGGCAGCAUGUGGAGCGUCUGGUCAGUGAUCCGGAGAACAUUGCCUUGACAGUGCCCGGCACACGGAAGCAGAAGAAGCAAAAGCGCGCGAAGGCCGCCCCAUUGCCGCCCAAGUCACAGAUUUCGCAUCCGUGCCAGUUCCAUCAUGUGACCAGUGUGGUGAAGGAGGAUAGUGAGCGGUACUACAGCAUGCAGGCCUUUGGCCCCCACAAUCCACAGCAGCAUCGUUGAGUAGGGUCGGGCGCGUGGAUCUGGAACACGAGCGCCCUCUGGUGGCAGAAUUAAGCCCAGCAGCCAACCCCCCCGAUUCCAGCGAUCAUCCCUUUUAGUUGAUAGAGUUAUAGAUUAAAGAUAUAUCUUUGUUAUAGCCACGUUUCGGGCCUAAGUUAUGCCAAUGUGUGUGCUCCGAGCGUAGAGUUCUCGGAUGGCACACACAUUCAUCUGUGAUACGAUUUAGGCGUCUACAAAAAAAACCUAGAAAUAUGAACAUUAGCAUUUGGAGAAGAGAAAACACAAAAAAAAAACAAUUAAAAAUCAAAGCGGAAGAGAAGUUUUCAACGUUUAUAGUUCUAUAAUCCAAUAUAUUCGAUUUAACGAACGAUUCAAGCGAUUAGCGAUUAAUAAACGAUUGUCAAUAAGCGAUGCGAAGUUUUUGUAAACCUUUUCUAAUAUCACACAAGACACAC